AUGCCACUGCAACUUUUUCAUACCUCUACAUUUGCCAUUGUCUUCAAUACCUGUCCAUAUACUGCCUUUUAUAUAUCCUGUAUACAUUCACGUACUACCUUUAUACGCUGGUCCAAACUGAUUGGAGCCGCACGCACACGCACACGCCUGGCGGCGUCUGGAGGGGAGCGGCCGCUGGAGGCGCGCGCAGCCGGCGGCUGGAGCGGAGCAGCGACGGUGGCUGGAGGCUGGCGCGGCGACGGCAGGAGGUGUGCGUGGCCCGGCGUCUCGAGGGGAGCGGCCGCUGGAGGCGCGCACGGCCGGUGGCUGGAGGGGAGCGGCGACGGUGGCUGGAGGCUGGCGCGCGGCCCAGCGACUGGAGGGGAGCGGCGGUGGCGGUCGCAUGCGUCGUCGCGUGAAAAGUGGAAUCAUCAGCGUCAUGCUGCAACGACGUCGCCGACGCGCCGGGAAACUCUGUCCACGGCAAGGCCAGCUUAUGUGCGCAUGCACGCAAGAUCGCACAGGGAGCUGGUGAGGGGGUUCUUUGGCAAUGCACGAGAGCUGCUUCAGCCGUAUGGUGAAAUCCACAUUAGCAACAAGACAGGACAUCCUUACGGCGGGUGGGAUAUUGAGCAACUCGCCUCAGAAUCAUCUCUGGCUAUGAUUGACAUGGUUAGUUUCCAGAAACAAGACUACCCCGGCUAUAACCCGAAGAUAGGAAGCGGUGCAGAGUCCAACAAACCAUUCCCUCUCGGUGACUGCAGCACAUACAAGUUUGUCGCGAAACGUAAUGAUGCUCAAUAAGAACGUGCAUGCUGCUGCUACAUUUGCCAAGAUACAUAUGCGAGCUGUCUCGCUGCACUCGGAGUUGGGCAUGGGGGGCACCUUGCAUAUUGAUGAAAUGUAGUGAACUGGUAGUAGUACUAAUUAGGGUGUGUUAACAAACUAGUAGUUUCUGAAACCUGGGAUGCUUUUGGUGAACUUGAUGUGGGACGACUUUUCAUGUGGUGGAGUACCUUCGGACUUCCAUGGACAUGGCAUGGCCCGUGCUGAUGAAGCACCAUCCAUUACUGUAAUUGACUAGAUGUACUGCUGAAAGUAUGAACAACAUUAUGUGAUGAAAAUG